CCUCAAAGAAGCUCUCUCUCUGGGUCUCAGAAUUUUGCCCGCAUUUUAAGAGAGGUUUUGGGUUUAUUUUUAGAGGGUUUUGAACAGAAAAAGACCCGAGGCCGCGAUUUACUCGUUCAACAACACAACACCACAACAUAUGAUACUGCCUCUCUAACCAAAGAAAUCUCUAAAUUUUGUGUCUUGACUCUACUGUCUUCUUGUCCUGUCCUUCAAAGCCUUCCCUGACCCUUCAUUUCUGAGGUUUCCACGCUUGUCCACCUUGUUUUCCCUUCCUCUUUGGCUCUCAUUCUUCUUCCCCCUUUCUCUCUCUUUCUCUUUCUUAACCUACCCUGAGAGAAACUCCACACAUUUUCCUUCUCAUUCAGACCAUUGUUACCUUUCCUUUUUCUUUCUUCCCAUUAUUUCUUGGUUUGGCUUAGUUGGAUUACUUUUCUUUUUGUGAGGCCACCAAGCCCUCCCCAUCUAUAGAGGGGUUUUGUAGGUCUUUCCAUUUUAUCAACAAAUGUUGAGCCAAAAUGGAGAAUAGAACCUUGCGGAAGUGGUGAUUGGAGGAGGCAAAGGUGCCUCUCUUUUGACGAACCUCCCACUUCUAUGUGUCAUCUUGACCACUCCCUAAAGGUAUCGUUGUCUCUAUGCUUUGUAUUCCUCUCUUCUCUUUUUCAUGAAUUUGUUAGAGAUCCCACAUGUCUGUCUCAGUGCUUUGUAUCUUUCUUUAUAAUCUAUGGAUAGAUACCAUUCUCCUUUGACAGGGUAAUAGUUCCCAAAGUACAUCUAAUGAUCUACCCACCCUUCUCUCAUACUCCAUAACUUUUUGUUUUUGCGUAUUUCAAAAAGUUCCAAAAUUACAAACCCCAUCUAAAUAUAUCAACUUUCUGACAGGAAAAAGAGUCAUCUCUCCACAUUUGCUCGGUUCUUCCUCCCCUCUCUUCCCCUCUGUGUUAACCGUUAACUCAAGGAGUUGUUGGAUUGGGCUUCUGUUUUCCACCAUGGCCACCAAGAUGAAAGGGAUCUACAAAGGCUUCAAAUACAUCUCCCAAAUCUUCGUUGUGAAGGAGCGUGAGAUGGAAAUCGGGUAUCCAACAGAUGUUAAGCAUGUGGCGCACAUUGGAUGGGAUGGUCCAUCCGGAAGUGCACCCAGUUGGAUGAAUGAAUACAAAUCAACCCAUGAUUUCUCAUCCUCAUCGCUUGGCAGCUUCAUUGAGCCAAGAGAAACCAACAAUAUUGUUGCUCGUUCCACAUGGUCUUCUCAAGAUUUUGAGCAAUCCAUGGGACAACAUCCAGUAUCCGAGAUGUUCAAAGACUGCCCACCUACUGAUGUUCCAAAUAUUCCCAAGAAGCAUAAGCGGAAAAAGACCAAGUCAACUUCCUCCCCCAAGUCUUCCUCUUCCUCUGUGUCCAGAUCCUCCCGGGCCUUAAAGUCCAAGGCUACAUACAUGGAAUUGGAGACAACAUCAAACCUGCAACUCUAGAACCAGUGUACACUUAACAACUUGCUGCAAAGAACAAAAGAAACUCCCAUUGUGCAUAUCAAAGGUCGUCAAAGUCCCCCUUUCUGCAGUUGGGGUGUCCAAUCCACAGGGGCAUCAAGGAAAAAACAUAGGAGAUGUGUAAAUUUAGCAGUAAAAGCCUAUUGUAUUUCUGAGAUUCACAUAGUCACAAAAGGGAAAACAAGAAGAUUGGGGAAUAGAGAUGUGGAGGCAUGCAAAAAAUGUUAAGACAGUGUUCCAAGAACAAAAACUAGGAAGAUGUGAAUUUUUGGACUUAAUUACAAGGAAUAAACAUGCUGAGAGCUGGAUUAUUUGGUUUUCUCCUUAACAACAAAUA